CUUGCUGAAUGUUGGUCGUGAUUAAUUUGCAUCCGUGUAAAAAUGAAGAUUUACUGUGAAAACAUUUGCCGUUUGUGUUUAGCAGAGAAAGAGCCUCACUUUAUGGAACUGGAAAAGGAUGACCCACUGUUAAAGACUAUAUUUAAUUUAACAUCGUUAGAGGCCUUUCCAAGUCAAAUCGACACCGUUCUUUUAUGCGAAGAGUGUCGUCAGUUGCUGUUGCAGUACGAUCAGUUUCGAGAAACUUGUUUGCAGAACAACGAGAUAUUUCUGGCCACAUUGGAGAGCGAUAAGUGCGUUGGAAUAGUUGGUAUUCAAGACGAAUUUCCCGAGAACAUAAAGGUGGUGAUCAUAGAAGAGGCUGAUGAUGAACAAAACCUUAACUAUGAUGAGUCUCAAAUACUAGAAAACGAACAAAAGGUUGUCCAAAGAGAUAUACUAGCGGAAGACGAAUCGAGGAAAAGACCAGCAAAAGUAAAAGAAGAGCCAAAAUCGAAAACUAGAACACGCGCUGAAUCCAAAGCGGGUGAAAAAGCAAGUAGAUUCAGUUUAGCUAACAAAGCUAAACAGAAAAAUAACGUUAAACCCAAGUCAAGCUCCUUUUGUGCGUCUACCUCGAACCGAUAUCUGCCAUGUGAGCAGUGCGGAAAGAUGAUUCGUAGAAGCAACAUGAGGAAGCACCUGGACACGCACAAUCCCAAACCACCGCAGCUGUGCUGCUCGCACUGUGGAAAGAAGUACAAGGAUUCGAAUCUGUUAAAGGUGCACAUUAACAGCCACCAUACGUUCGAGCGGAAGUAUGAAUGCAAGGAGUGUGAUAAGGUCUAUUUUCGACCAAAUUCGCUGCGGGAACAUAUCUAUGCAAAGCACUCGGUGGAAAAACGAUUCGAGUGUGAUGAGUGCGGUAUGAAAUUUACCAAUUUUUCCAAGAAGACCUACCAUUACAUUACGGCACAUACGGUAGCGAAGCCAUUUUCCUGUCAGUAUUGCGAUAAAGCGUUUAAACUAAAGAGUGACUUCACGCUGCACGUUCGAACGCACACCGGAGAGAAGCCGUUUUCCUGUGAUAUUUGCGGGAAAAAGUUCAACAAAAGUUACAAUGUGGUAAUUCAUAAGAAAUCUCAUAGGAACGAUGAAAGCAAGGUUGUUCCAAGCACGGCCAAAACAAAAACGAAACAAAUGUAAAUCCAAAAGUGAAUCUGAAUUUGAACCUGCAUUAUCUUCGUCAGGAUAGUAUUGGGAACUAUUUCAUUUGGUUCACUGGUUAGGGUCACGUAUUUUAUCGCU